AUGGACAACAUCUUAGAGAUUCUACAGACCAUUCAUAUUGGUGUAGAUGUUGCAACUUUCCUUUUCAACACUGGACGUAUUAUAAAAGCAGUAGACAUCUUUAACGAAUCUUUGAUGCUCCUUAACGGUAAAGCCCUAGAGACAAUCAAAGAACUUACCACACCAUUUCUUAUCUAUGUAUACCGUAAACUUCUUGAUGGCUAUACUCGAGUGUACGAUCACAUCCGUGCGAUAGAAUGUGGUAAAAAGCUUCUAGUGACACUACACAAUAGUGGCCAAAAAGAAGAAGAGGGGAUAACAUUACUUAAACUAGCAAACAUCUACUAUAAAAGAAGCAAAUACGAGGAAGCAAAACAGUUUUACAAGAGAGCACUCAGCAUCAUGAUUGAGGCUGGAAAUAAUCGCGGAGUUGGAACAUGUUAUGGAAAUCUAGGAACUGUGUUGAAAUCUGUUGGUCAAUAUACCAAGGCUGAAGAAUACCUUCAAAAAGCACUAGUGAUUAGGAAAGAAAUCGGUGACAAAAAAGGAGAAGCAGCCGAUUACGGAAAGCUAGGAAGUGUGUUUGAAUCUGUUGGUCAAUAUACCAAGGCUGAAGAAUACCUUCAAAAAGCACUAGUGAUCAGCAAAGAAAUCGGUGAUAAAGAGGGAGAAGCAGCAGAUUACGGAAUUCUAGGAACUGUGUUUCGAUCUGUUGGACAAUAUACCAAGGCUGAAGAAUACCUUCAAAAAGCACUAGUGAUUAGGAAAGAAAUCGGUGACAAAAAAGGAGAAGCAUCUGCUUACGGAAAUCUAGGAACUGUGUUUCAGUUUGUUGGUCAAUAUAUCAAGGCUGAAGAAUACCUUCAAAAAGCACUAGUGAUCAGGAAAGGAAUUGGUGACAAAGAAGGAGAAGCAGCCGAUUACGGAAAUCUAGGUACUGUGUUUGGCUCUGUUGGUCAAUCUACCAAGGCUCAAGAAUACCUUCAAAAAGCACUAGUGAUCAUUAAAGAAAUCGGUGACAAAGAAGGAGAAGGAUCUGCUUACGGAAUUCUAGGAACUGUGUUUAAAUCUGUUGGUCAAUAUACCAAGGCUGAAGAAUACCUUCAAAAAGCACUAGUGAUCAAACAAGAAAUCGGAGACAAAGCUGGUGUUGGAGUUUCAUACUUAAAUCUGGGAAAACUUUGUGCAGAAUUUCAACUUACUGCAAAGAGUCAAGAAUUUGCUAAUAAAGCACUUGAGAUAAGUUACGAAAUAGGGGACAUUGAAAUGCAGUUUGAAAGCCACCUUACCAUUGCUCUGAACGAGUUAGUGGCAGGAGGAAGCAUAACUGAACCUCUGCGAAAUCUGCAUGAAAGCAUUCAGAAGUGCGAAGAAAUGCAUGAUUUUUUUAGAGUGAAAGAUAAAUUCAAAAUUUCUUUUUUUGAUGAGCAUGCGUCCCCCUACCUUCUUCUUUGUAGGUUGUUAAUUGCUACAGGCGGUUAUUAUGAAGCUCUUUACGUUGCCGAGCUUGGACGAUCCAGAGCACUGACAGACGUACUUUCAGAUAAGUACUGUGUGGAAAAAGGGGUAUCAGUCAACCCACAGUCAUGGAUUGGUAUUGAGAACAUCAUGAACAAAAAUGCACUUAGUUCUUGUCUUUAUGUUUCCUGCUUCGAUGAUAAUAUGUACUUUUGGAUCCUCAAGCCAAACAAAAUUAUAGUUUUUCGGCAAACGAGACUCAAAGAAAGUGCAGAUAAAGUGUUUGGAAAUCGGACAUUUGGUGGCUCUCUUGAUUUACGUCAAGACCAAUGCGAAGAUCGAUCAUUAUUUUCAUGUGUAAGUUCCCCGCUAUCAUGCAAACUAUCUCAGAGUGACAGCUUCGGAUCUUUGCGUCUUAUCGAAGAAGAGGAAGGCGAAAAUCACGACUCUAAACCUUUAACCCUUGCUGAUGGUUACAACAUGAUAGUCUCUCCUGUAGCUGACUUACUCCAAGAAUCAGAAAUCAUUAUUAUACCGGAUAACUUGUUGUAUCCAAUUCCUUUUGCUGCUUUAAAGGAUGGUAAUGGAAAGUAUUUAUCGGAUACUUUCAGGAUUCGCAUUGUCCCUUCCUUGACGACUCUUAAGUUGAUUCAGCUCAGUCCAGCAGACUACCAUAGUAAAACCGGUGCACUGAUCGUAGGGGAGCCAGACGUUAGUGAUGUAUACUACCGAGGAAAAAUUCUACAGUUAAACUCACUGCCUUGGGCGAGAAAGGAAGCAGAGAUGAUUGGGCGACUGCUCGGUGUUCAACCGUUGCUUGGAAAGGAUGCAACUAAGCAGGCAGUCCUGGAAAGCAUGCAUUCAGUAAGUCUCAUUCACUUCGCAGCUCAUGGUUAUGCCGAACGUGGAGAAAUAGCUCUUUCCCCUGUAAGCUCCUGCGGAACUCCACACGAAGAAGACUACUUAUUGACGAUGGCCGAAAUUUCACAAGUUCGACUAACAGCCAAGCUGGUUGUCCUCAGCUGCUGUCAUAGUGCAAGUGGUCAGAUUAGAGCUGAGGGAAUUGUUGGAAUCGCUCGAGCAUUUCUAGCAUCGGGUGCACGCGCCGUGCUGGCGGCGCUGUGGGCUGUAGAUGACAAAGCUACCAUGUGGUUUAUGAAUCGUUUUCACGAGCACCUUGUUCAUGGUGAAAGUGCCAGUGAAUCUCUUCAUCAGGCCAUGAAGUCGAUGAGAGAGACUGGCUUUUCUGACAUCAUGCAGUGGGCACCCUUUAUGCUGAUUGGAGAUAAUGUGACAUUCAAAGGUUUGUAUUUGAUA